AUGUCCGAGCGCCGCAUCGACGUCAACCACAGCAACUAUUCGGUUAUUGAGAAUGAAUUCGGAAACAUGCGCGAUCGUUUCGAGCAGGAAAUGCGACGUGUUGAGGAUGAAAUGAGAAGACUCCGCUCGGAGUUUGAAGGCUAUCGUCCAAACGGUGGCCCAGCGCCAGCGGCAAUUUCCAACCAGCCCUACAACGCCUAUUCAACAACGUCGUCGCAUCACGAAUCGUCGCGUGGUGGUUUUGGGGCUCCGCCACCACCAUUCCACGGUAGCGAUUUGAUGGCUCAUAGACCAACUUACGAUCCAUACUUGGACAACUUGAAGAGCCCACUCAUCAAGGAUGAGAGUGAUGGAAAAACUCUCAGAUUGAGAUUUGAUGUGGCUCAAUACAAGCCGGAGGAAGUCACUGUUAAGACUAUUGACAAUCGUCUCUUAGUUCACGCGAGACAUGAGGAGAAAACUCCUCAACGUACUGUUUUCAGAGAGUACAACCAGGAGUUCAUGCUUCCACGUGGAACCAACCCGGAGCAAAUCUCUUCGACUCUUUCCACCGACGGAAUUUUGACUGUUGAGGCUCCACUUCCUCAACUCGCCAUCCAACACUAA